AUGGCUCCCAUUCGACGAUACCUCCGCAUCAGCAAAUACUCAGUAUUGGAAUGCCGCAUCUAUCUGGAAUCGCCACCUGACUCACGAUGGCUCCUGGACUCUCGCGAUCCUGUCCUGCCCCGCGUCAUCGCAGCCAUUCGACCGUUGGUGCUUCCGAAGCUGCGUGAAGAGAAUGAGCGGUUGUUCAUGCGCAAGAAGGGCAAGCCGGUCAAAGACGUCAUUGCAGAAGAUGACUUCGAAGUGGCCAUCUUCCUCCGCGAAUCCCGCACCCGUCAUUCACUCCUCACGCGUAGCAAGACAUUCCAAGGAAAGGAAAAUCAGAACCAAGAGUUGGAUGUGGAUUUGAAACCAGACCAUGUAUCUGGCGAGACGGCCGACAACCCGGUUAGCUCGGCAGAUGGUGAAAUUAUGAUCGAGAGUGACAGUGAGCCUGAGCUGGAAUUGCACAAUAUCCCCGAAUCUGUGGAUGAAGCUGCGCUGGGAAAUGAACGUCGGUCAAGUAAGAGAAGUCGGACAACCAGAGAGAACCAAUUGCCCCUCGAAGACGCGAUUGGCAGUGACGAAAAGAAGCUCCGUUUCAGCACCCAUUAUGAGAGCUUUAAUAUCUGUGGAUGGGUGUUAUGCCUGCUGAUAACUCGCAAGGGCGACAAAACCAGGCAAAGUGCCGUCCUCUCUGAUACAAAUCGGCAGCCUUUGAUGGAAGAAUGGAUUUCAACUCAGGCUCAGGCUUCUGUCGACGACUGA